GCCCAGCCGCGGCGGCCCCGGGCCGGACUGUCAUGAGGGACUACGUCAUGCACAUGGCCGAGGGGGACAUCCUGGGCGAGGGCACGUACAGCAUCUGCCGCCGGGGCACCAACACGAGGACCAACGCGCAGGUGGCGAUCAAAUUCUACAAGACGAAGGCGAGGUGGAAGCUCGGCGAGGGCGAUGCCUGCAGGGCAAAGUUCAGGCGUCAGGUCGAGGUGCUCCAGCAGCUCAGGACUCCGCUGGAGAAGCCCGCCGACGAGAGGAUGUGGCACGAGCAGCUCGGGCGGGCGGGGUCGCAAAUGCUCUUCGUGCAGCUGAUCGACUACUCGAGGGACGCGAGCGGCGAGCCCGGCCCCGACGCGUCCGACGGGGUCAUGUACGUAAUCACGGAGAUGGCCGACUGCAGCCUGAAGGACCACAUCCGGGAGCGGCGGGAGUGCCGCAAGGCGAUGUCCAGGGAGACGGUGCGCGCCGUCUCGAGGGCCAUCGUCCUGGUCGCGGCGGGCUUGCAUUCCAAGGGCCUCGUGCACCUGGACCUGAAGCCGGACAAUCUCAUGCUCUUCGGUGGAGUGCUGAAGUUGAUCGACGUGGACGGCUGCGUAAGGAUCGGCACCAGGGCGUCGAUCACGGACUCCUCGCUGUCCUUCUCCCCCUGUUAUUGCUCUCCAGAGUGGGCCAGCUUCCUCGUCGAGGAGUCCGACGACCCCCACAUUGUGGUCCAGCCCAGCCUGGACGUGUGGAGCGUCGGCAUGACGAUACCCGAGCUCGUUGUGCACGACCCCGUCCUGAAGAUGACGUACACCAGCUUCUUGCGGAAGGUGCCCAUGCCCAAGGCCAUCGAGAAGCUGGACUCGGAGCUCCUUUCCUUGCUGUCCGACUUCCUUUUGGUCGUCGACCCCGCGAAGCGCAAGACGCUGGCCGAGAGCCUGGACCACCCCUUUCUGAGGCACACCCACCUGUCUAGGAGCAAGACCGGGCCCCUCGCGUUCUCCCUGGGCGUGGAAGCGGCCGUAGCGCAGAGGAGGCACGACCGCAAGGAGGUGCACGACCAGAGUGCCCGGCACAAGGGCAUCCUGUGGAAAUUGAACCACGGCGGGGAUCCGAGCAGGAAGGAUCAGUGGCUCAGGCGGGACAUAUGGCUGGCGGGCAACGGGAGCCUAUGCUACCACAGCCUCAAGGAAGACAAGCAGCUGAUUCUGGUCGAUGGCCACGAUAUGGCCACCGCCGAAGUGUCGCUCUUCAAGGGGGGUGCCUUCGACCCUGCUAUCGAGAUUAAGUUCGCGGUGGACCAGGGCGCAAAUGAGCACGUGGACCUCCUCUUCGGGUGUGAGUCCCCGGAGGACUACACGGCCUGGAUGCGGGCCUUCGAGUCAGCUGGCCACAUGACGGUGACGACGAUGAAGCUGGGCCAAAGCAUGGCUGUGCAGCUGCAGAAAUUCCGCCUGGGCGUCAACAACCGGCGGUGCAAGGUGGACGAGAAGGACGGCGGCGACCACGAGGCGGUGUUCAAGUCGAGGGUGUGGAAGCUCAGGGCCGACUCCGACAAGGCCGAGGAGCGGAACUGGUACGAGCGAGAAAUGUGGGUGUCGCGGAACAGCAGCCUGGUGUACUUCAGCGAGAGAGAAGACAGGGAACUGGUGUACUACACCCGCAGCGACCUGGCCCGAGCCUCCGUCGAGGCGGUGGACCUCACGGGCUCGUGCCACAGGUGGGGCUUCCACGUGAGGCUGCCGCCCCAGGACGGUGGGCUCCGGGCCCAGUGGAUCGAGGCGCUCCGGAGGGUGGCGAGUGCCUGA